AUGGCGUCCUUCGCUCCUGGGCCAAGCGCCACCCCGUCGUCGGACGCCACGGACUGGCAGGACAUCACCGACGACGUCGCGGCGGCGGCGUCGUCGUUCACAAUCGACGAGCUGCUCAGCGCCGACACCUUCAGCCUCUUCGAGUCCAUGAGCGCCUGCGAGCUGCUGGACCCGAAGAUGGACGCGCUGGGCAACGAGGCGCCGCAGCCGUCGGUCGAGGAGCGGCUGCGGGCCGGCACGAUCCCGCUGCGGCUCGAAUUGGGCGCCGCGCUCCGCGUGCUCGACCGCCUGCUCGCGCUCGAGGUCGCGUGGUUCGCGGGCGCGUCCGCGCACGAGUCCGUGCUCACGUGCUUCUACGCGCGGGACCCCGUCUUCGACGCGGCCCGGAGCGUCGACGACUCGGCGGGCACGGCGGCCGUCGUCGCGGCCGUCGCGUGCUCGCUCUGGGCGCUGGAGGCCGCGCGCGUCGCCGCGCUCCGCGCGGACAUCUACGAGGAGGAGGACUUCUGCGCGUCGAGCGGCGCGUCCGGGUCCGGCGUCGGCACGGACGACCGCGCGCGGGCCCUGGCGCUGGCGGCCGAGGAGCGGCUCGAGGCUCUGGGCGGGCCCGACGCGGACGCGGCCGCGCGGCACGUGAGGCACCGGCGGCUGCUCGUCGAGGGCCUCGCGGCCAUGCUCAACACGGAGUCGUCGAACGCGACGGUGCUCGAGGCCAUGGUCGACGCGCUCAACGGCGGCGGCGACGCCGAGGGCCGCGACCGGAGCGCCGCGGACGCGGCGGCGGGCGACGCCGCGUUCGGUCCGUGCCGCGACGAGAGCUCGGCGACGCGCGGCGCGGCGAUCAAGGAGGGGGGCUACGCGACCUACGCGGAGCGCGCCGAGAGCCGCGCGGGCAAGCGGCGCCUCGCGUCGGGGCUGCUGCGGGUCCUGGACCUGCGCCGCGAGCUCGCGGGCUUCCGGUUCUCGUCGCCGGACGGCGCGCGCGUCCCCGAGGCGCUCCAGGGCCGCUACGCGGAGCACGGCCACCUGCGCGUGUUGCGGUUGGUGGACCUCGUGGGCUCCGAGGACCGGGGCGGCGGGCGCCUCUGCCUGCCGCGGUCGCUCGCGGCGCUCGAGCUCGGCGGCGACGGCGCGCGGCUCCGCCAGCUGCUGAGCCACGACGACUUCGGCGUCCACGCGUCCUCCGUCGUGCUCGGCAAGGGCGCCAAGAAGUGCUCCGUCUAUUCCCUCGUGACGGACUCGCUGCUCAGCGCGGGCGCGCCGUCGUGCAUCCUGUCGACGCGGCCGGGCGCGGAGUUCGCCGCGCGCGCCGCGCGCGCGACCUUGGACGCGGCGCGCGUCGCCACGGCGAACCGCGCGCGCCUGCGCGCGCGGCUGCCCAACCUGCUGCUGGACUGGGCGGCCCUGGUCCAGGACGGCAUCGAGGCCGACGGGCUGUGCGCGGCGGCGCUGGGCCUCGGCGGCGACCGGAACCGCGUCGACGUCCAGUACUGUGUCCAGUACCUCUACAACUGGGCGCUGCGCCACUCGCUGCUCCUCAUGGAGCAGUGCCUCGCUUUAGACGUCCACCUCGAGCUCAUCGCGUCGCCCAAGGAGCUCGAGCAGGUCUUCUGGUACUGGGAGUACCUCUUGGCCGCGCGCGGCACCGUCGCGUCGUCCGCCGCGCGGCACCGCGUCGUCAUGCGCGACACGCUCGCGCGCCAGCCCGACGCGCCGCCGCUGAGCGACGCCGACGCCGCCCUCGAGAAGCUCGCCGACGACCGCGACGCGGCGUGCGACGCCGUGCUCCGCGCGAAGCGGUGCCUCUGCCGGGGGCUCCACCAGUUGUGCGCGAACGCGAACGCGGCCGCGCGCGCGGCGGACCCGGGCUACGACGACGACGCCGUCUACGUCGCCGCGUCGCUGCGCUUCGCGAAGCGCUUCGCGCACUUUUCGUGCUUCGCGGACCCGCCGCACGUCAGCUUCGCGGACUACGAGCGCGUCGCGGGCGCGCAGCGCGGCGGCGCCGCGGGGCGGCUCGCGGACUCGGCGAGCGACCUCUUCCAGAACGCGAAGCAGCUGCUGGACCAGGCCGCGAAGAUCGGCGACCCGGCGGCGGCGCUCGCGGGCGCGGACGUCGACGGCGCCGAGCUCCGCGCGCUCAUGAAGGUCGCCGUCGCGAACCGCGUCAACAUCGUCCGCGAGCAGGCCGGCGGGGGCGCGACCCGGGGCCUCGACGUCGCCUUCAAGUUCCACGAGCAUUUUCCCGUCCUGAGCAGCGCGGCCGCCGCGUCGCCGCCCUGA